UACGAACGCUCCAAUGUCGAAGCGCAAGCGACCGGCCGAGGAUGUGAGCCGCCACGAGCACGAAGCCAUGAUGGCCGACUACACGACGUGGUCCUCGUCGGGCGCCGUGCUGGUGACCGAAGAAGAGGCGGCGCUGCGGUCGCAGCACCAGUUCCUACGCGACGACGAGGCCGACGCUGUUGCCGGCGCCACUGACUGGCGCGUGCGCAUGGCCGUUCGCUACUACCAGAAGCUCUUCAAGGAGUACGCGCUCGGCGACUUUAGCCGAUAUACCGAGGGCAAGGUUGGCCUGCGCUGGCGAACAGAGGCCGAGGUUGUCCGCGGCAAAGGCCAGUUUAUCUGCGGCAACAAGCGCUGCGACGCGACCGACGAGCUCAAGAGCUACGAAGUGCUCUUCGCGUACGUCGAGCAAGGCGCCAAGAAGGAGUGUCUCGUCAAGCUUCGGGUAUGCCCGCCCUGCGCGGCCCAGCUCUUCUACAAGAAGACGGCCAAGAAAGCGGCCAAAAAGGCAAAAAAACACAAGGCGGCGCAGGACUAACAUGGUUUACUAUGGUCUUCACA